AAUUUAAAAUUUUUAUCACAAAAUUAUAGAACACGUUAAUAAACGUUAUUAUUAAUAUAUAUUUUCAUCAACGGAUACUGGCAACACUGAUUCGUCCUUCCACCAUCUUGGAAGUGUUGUUAAAAUAGCAGGUUGGGUGAGAUUUCUGUAGAUUUCCUAUUCAAAAUGAAGAUGAACAAGUUGGUUACUUCCUCUCGAAGGAAGAAUCGAAAAAGGCAUUUCAAUGCACCUUCUCAUAUAAGAAGAGUUAUUAUGAGUUCUCCAUUAUCUAAAGAACUUCGUCAAAAAUAUGGAGUUCGUAGUAUGCCCAUUAGAAAAGAUGAUGAAGUUCAGGUGGUAAGAGGACAUUAUAAAGGCCAGCAAGUGGGAAAGGUGGUACAAGUUUAUCGUAAAAAAUAUGUUGUGUAUAUUGAAAGAAUCCAGAGAGAGAAGGCAAAUGGAGCUACUGUAUAUGUUGGAAUUCAUCCUUCUAAGAUGGUGAUUGUCAAAUUAAAAAUGGAUAAGGACAGAAAGCGUAUUCUAGAACGCAGAGCGAAAGGAAAACAACUGGCAGAUAAAGGAAAAGGCAAGCAUACAGAAGAAUCAGUAGCUAUGGAAACUUCAUAAAAUACAAAUUUUUCUGAAAAUAAAAAAACAAGCUAUUAUUGAA